UCUGCUUUCACAGUCAGGUUGAUGUAGAGACGGAGAGGAGAGAGGUGAAAGAGACAUGCAGAUGUAGCAGCAAACAACAGAAACAACUCUUUUAACUGUUUUUUCAAUAUUGCAUUUUACUUUUUUCUACUCCGUUUAUUUUUCUUUUCUUAUUUUCACAGCGGUUUCGCUGCUUUACGGUCCGAGUCGUUGUAGCCUUGGCAACGUGAACAACUGUCCUGCGAAGUUUGGAUCAAGUGUUUUUACCUUCAGCCGGGAAACAAACUGGAUAUUUACCCACUUUAACUGACUGGAAUUCACUCUCUGUGCACAUGGGCGCUGUUGGAAGUUUUUCGAACAGUUUUUGUCACGUUUAAACUUGUUUUUCAAUUUUAAACCCGGUGUUUAAAGAAACGGAGCAGCGCGAGACAAUAGUGAGAGGGGGAGAGAGGGAGAGAGCGAGCUCGUGCGGGGGGGAUCGAUGCCUCGCGGGGGCUUUGUUCUGUCCGGUGUGGAGACCUACCGCGAGCCUGCUGCGGAUAUUGAUUGAUUGAUUGAUCGGAAGCCGUUCGAGCAGCCAUGGAUGUGACUGUGUCCGAGUUAUUGGCUUCUUUCAUGGAGUCACCGCUCGUGGUCUGGGUGCGGACGUUGGGUCCGUUGGGUCCAUGUGAUGACGUGGGCUCAGAGGAGCGGGUCAACAUGUUUAUGGAGCUGGUGAACGGCGUCUUCCUGCACAAGAUCAUGACACACAUUGACCCCAGCCCAACCAAUCAGAGGCUGAACAAGAAUGUGAACAAUGAUAUGGCGCUUCGCCUUCACAACCUGACUGUUCUCACCAGACACAUCAGGACGUACUACCAGGACACAUUACAGCAGUUAAUAGUCAUGCCCCUUCCAAACAUUCUCUGCAUCGCCAAGGAUCCCAUAUCAGCUAGGAGCAUGGAAGAGCUGAAAAGACUUUUGUUGCUGGUACUAGGCUGUGCUGUCCAGUGUGAGCGUAAGGAGGAGAUGAUAGAGAAAAUCAAGCUGCUGGAUAUUGAGACCCAGGCAGCCAUCGUCUCUCACAUCCAGGAGGUGACUCAUAACCAGAUGAAUGUUCUCGACCUGUCCUGGAUGGAGGAAGGAGCAGAGCUCACACAGGACGAGCUGGAACCUUUGUCCCGCAGCAUGGCUGUGUCGCUACGGCAACUGAUUGACCAGAGAGACAAGGCCAGCGAGGUGAUUGUGGAUCUGACCCAAGAGAGGGACUACCUGUCCAGUCAACAGCCCCAGGAAGGGUGCAGGUCCCUGGGCAUGAGCAGCCCGGAGCGUGGGCAGUCUUCCGGAGGUGUGACACUGAAUAACGGAGGGUCGGCCGUGACUGUCGCUGGACUGACCAAAGAGGAGAAGCAGCAUCUGUCUGUGGAACUUGCUGAUACCAAGGCCAAACUCCGCAGAUACAGACAAGAACUGGAGGAGAAGACAGAACAGCUGAUGGAUUCAAAACAUGAAGUGGAGCGUCUGGAUCAGGAGUUACAGAGACUGAAACAAGAGAACCAGUCGCUGUCUUGUGAGGCUCGUUCGGUGCGAGCGUACCGGGACGAGGUAGACUCGCUGAGAGAGAGAGCGGCCCGCGUCGACCGACUGGAGACUGAACUCACCAGAUGUAAAGAGAAGCUCAAUGACGUUCACUUCUACAAGACCAGAGUGGAGGAGCUUCGCGAGGACAACAUGACUCUGAUGGAGACAAAGGUGUUGUUAGAGGAGCAGCUAUCCGCCUCCAGAGGGCGCUGUGAUAAACUGCACACGCUUGAGAAAGACAACCUGCUGCUACGAGCUAAAAUACAUGACCUGGAAAUGGAGAGGGACAAUGAGCGUCGGAGGUUGGAGGAGCUGGUGGAGGAGAACAUGCUGCUGGAGAUCGGACAGAAACAGAGUAUGAAUGAGUCAGCUCAUCUGGGCUGGGAGCUGGAACAGCUGACCAAGAACCAUGACAACACUAACACCGAGACUCGGAAGUCGUUAGUUCACGAGCUGAAUGAGUGUGUUUCCAGUCGGGUGUUGAAGCUGGAGAAGGAGAACCGGGAGCUGCAGGCCUCUAUAGAGAGACUGAAAGAGGAGAAUCACCUCCUGCAGGAGCAGCAGCUCCACACCCAGGAGCUGGACAGGGAAAACCAGGGCCUCAGCAAGAAGUUGGAGCGUCUCCAGGGCUUACUGGACCAGGAGAGGCUGACCAAUCAGGACAUGGAGUCUCUCGGAGAGGAAAUAUUGAAGGAAAAACAGACACUGGAGAGAGAUAUGCACGCUCUGAGAGCAGAGAAAGACAGACAGAUCUCAGAGUUGGAGAGUGAGAAGCAGCACCUGUCUGAUGCGGUGGCUUCCCUCCGUGAGCGUGCUCAGUCUAACAGUGAGGCAAGGGUCCGCGAGGUGGAGGCAGAGAACCGCCUAAUGCACCAGAACAUCACUGACAUCAGCUCCCGAUUGGCCAGCUUGGAAACUCAACUCAAACAAGCCAGUGAGGAGGCAGAGAGGCUGAGGGAGAGGGCGGGACGGUGCGAGGAGGCGGAGAGGGAUGCUGCGAGGUUGGAGAGGAGCAGGGAAGCUCUAAACAGAGAGGUGGCGUCUCUGCGUGCAUGCAGCGAGCGGUCAGAGGCUCUAGAGAAGCAGGUGUUCUCCCUGGAGCAGGAGGUUCACAGGCUGAAGCGAGAGGCAGAGGAGGCACAGCGGGAGCUCCAGCGACUGGGGACGCAAGAGGCAGACAACAGCCUGCUGUCGAAGGAAAACCUGGACCUCCGCUGCUCCGUGGAAAACCUGCGCUCCUCAUCCGCCCGCCUCGCCACCCUGCAGGAGGAGCAUAAGGAGGCACAGAAAGAGACACAGGAGCUGCAGAGGAGGCUGGAGGAGGCAAGAGAGGAGGGACAAAGAGAGAGGAAGAGGGCAGAGAGGCUGGAGCUGAACUCAGCCACUCUGAACCAGGAGAAGCAUCGUUUAGAGGAGGAAAUAGAGAGGAGCAAAGAGGAGAGGGAAGAGGUAGAGAGAGAGAGGCAGGAGACGCAGAGCAGAGAGGAGGAACUAAGGAGGGAAGUAGAGGAACUGAAGGAGGAGCGGAAGAGGAGGGAGGACGGUGACGAGGAGAGGAGGAAGCUCCAACUGGACCUGGAGCAGUCGGAGAAGGGAAGGAAGCACCUAGAGAAGGAGAGCUGGAGGAUCAGAACACUGCUUGAGGGGAAAGAAACAGAGCUGGAGGAGAAGGCCAGGACGCUGGCUACGGUGGAGAAGGAGGGUGUAGCUCUUGGUAAGGAAGUGGAUAGGCUGAAGGAGGUGGCAGUCAAAGCCAAGGAGUUGGAGAGGGAGAACAAGGAGCUGCAGAAACAGGCAACCAUUGACAAGAGAACUUUGGCUACACUGAGAGAGGAUUUGGUGUCAGAGAAGCUGAGUGUUCAGCAGCAGAGUGUUGAGUUAGAGAGACUCAAUGAAGAACUGGAAAAGAUCGGACUGAACAGAGAAAAACUACUGCAGCAAGAGCACACACUGGAGGACAGCAGGUACAGGCUGCUGGAGUCCAGGCUGGAGGAAACAGUCCAACAGACGAUGAAGAUUAAAGAGGAGAAAAUCUCCAGUCUGGAAAAGAAACUGGAGGAGAGCAACACACAAAGCACUACGCUACGUGCUGAGCUGGCAUCUGCUCACCAGACAGUGUCUGCUCUGCGUCAGCAGCAGGAGGAAGAAAACCACUCCCAGCAGCACUCAGGGGGUGACAGGGGUCGUGGGUCAGCCACUGCUGAGCUGCUCCGCCUCAAAGAUCAUCUCAUUGAUGUAGAGAAGAACAAUGCCUCCCUACAGACAGAGAGCAGUUUAUUAAAGGAUCAGCUUAAACAGCUGGAAAACCAGAACACUUCUCUCAACAACCAGAUGCUGGGGCUGCAGCGGCACACCACCACCCUGCAGGAACAGAAUUCCACCUUACACACACAGACCGCUAAACUACAGGUGGAGAACUCUACACUGUCAUCCCAGAGUGCAUCUCUCAUGGCCCAGAAUGCUGUGCUGCAGGGCCAAGUCACCGCCUUGGAGACAGAGGUAGAGUCAUGGCAGCGGCAGCGCGAGGAGGCGUGGCGAGCCAGAGAAGGCGUGCUCAGCGACCACGAACGCCUGCUGAGCGUUCAUGAGAGGCAAGCGCACGAGUACGAGCAGCUCAUCAGUCAGCACGCUGCGCUGAAAGGCAAGCAGAGGACGCUAGAGAACGAAUUGAGGACGCUGCACAGCAAGCAUUGCAUUUUGCUGCAACAGAAGGAGAAAUGGGAGGAGCAGGAAGGGCGUGGUCAGAAGGAGAAGGAGGAGCUGAACCAGGAGAUCCAGAAGAAUCGGCUACUACAGCAAGAGAAUCUGCAGCUAAAAACAGAAGUGGACAGGUUGACGGAGAGCCAAUCACAGCAGUCAGAACAAUGCGAGGGCUUCCAGCAGCGCAUGAAUGAACUCAAGAGCUCAUUAAGCUCCUCCCAGCUAGAAGCGAGUCGAUGGAUGGCACGAUACGAUUCGCUAAUGGAACAACACCAGGGCCUGGAUCUAACCAUGACCAAACUAGACAACCACUGUGAGCUGUUGAGUCGACUGAAAGGGAACCUAGAAGAAGAAAACCACCACCUCCUGAGUCAGAUCAACCUGCUGAGUCAGCAGAAUCACUCUCUGCUGGAGAGAAGCAUGGAGAGCAAAGAGCUCUAUCACCAGGAACAGAAACUAUACAUUGACAAGCUGAAUGCUCUCCGUCGUCAGAAAGAGAAACUAGAGGAGAAGAUCAUGGACCAGUACAAGUUCUACGACCCCACACCUAAAAAGAGGAGUCAGUGGUCCGGAGCCAAAGCUUUAGCCAAACUGAUCAAACCAAGAAAGGAGAGCAGCAGGGAGAGAGGCGACCGAGACAAGGAAGGGGGCAAAGAGAAAGAACGAGCCAAGGGGGCCCCGGACAUCCCCCUCCCUGCCCCGCCUCCCCUCCUACCCCCUGAAACCCCGCCCCCACUUCCACAGAGGACAGGAGUUGACGCCCCAGACAGCAGCCAUGCCCACAGUAACCAUAACAACCACACCACCAGCCCCAGCCUGGGACCCCAGAGUCCAGCGCUGACACCCAUCAGCAGAGGUUUGCCUGACAGGGGCCGCGGUGUUUAUCGCAGCAGUACUCCAGGAGGCAGCAGUGAGAGUGUAAAUGGAGAAGAUGGACAUAGACAAGGUCAGGCCCAUAAAGCUCUGAGCUCCACUCCAAGCCAUCACUCAUCAUCACUGGGCCUAACCAACAACUCCAGCUCCAGACUGGGACAAACCCCCAGCCGCAGGCCCAGAGGUCUAUUAUUGGAUGAAGACUCUCGCCUCAACACCUCUGACUCCAUGUUUGGUCAGCACAGCAACACGGGAGGCCGCCCAGGGUCGGCUGACUUCAGCCACAACACCUCCAGCUCCAACUCACCAGUCAACUGCAGAGACACAUCGGAUCGUCAGGUUCGCUCAGCCAGCCUCUCUAGCGAUGAUGUCGUAGGCCCCGGCCAAUCUCAGCAGUCCUUGUCACGUAGUUCCACUCUCCCGUACGACCACACACCCCAGAGGGCCCAACCACAGCAGGGAGGCGGGGUUAGGAAUAGAACCCGCACUUCUUCUCCUGGAAGUGAGAUGGUGACGCUGGAGCAGUUUCUACAAGAGAGCAACAAAAAGUCACCUCCAAUGGUGUCCACAGGAAGCAGAGAGGACUUGAUGACUGACUAUUUCACCAGAAGUCCCGCCCCCUCAGCACCCUCCGGCAGAGACCAGGUCACCCCCACCAGCUAUGUCACGCCCACUGUACAACCAUCCAACCAGAGGCCAGGCCAGAGCGUGAAGCCAUCGCCCCGCCAGCCUGUUGGUCAAUCCCCAGCCUCAGGCCAGCCCGUCACUCAGAGAACCAACCAAUCGCUGAGCAGGGCGUUCAGCCUGGCCUCUGUUGAUUUACUGCGCUCCAAUGGGCCAGACAGUUUCCGUGGAAACGAAGGCUCCCCUGGCCAGUCAGAUGUGGUGGUUCGGCGGCAAGGAGGAGGGGCUAACGGGAGAGAGCGGCCACUCUCUGCUCGUCUGGUUGGUCCGACCAAUCAGCAUGGAGACGGCAGCUUCCUGAACCCGCCCAUUCACCACUCGUCUUCUCUCAACUUGCAGACGGAGAGACACGCAGAGAGAGAACGUGAGAGAGGGAGGACGCCCGCCUCUCGAAACGGCCCCUCCUCAUCCUCCUCCUACCAUCAGCGAGGAGAGGUUGCCAUGGUAACUCCUGUCAGGGCCGUGCCCGCCACCCGGUUAGACGGCACCUCUGAGCAUGGGGAGGGGUUAAGGGAUGGGAGGUCAGGUGACUCUUCCCACUUAAAGAAAGACGGAGAGAAAGCGAGGUGCGGCUCCGUCGAACGCCCUAAAAGCACGCCGGCUUCCCCUGACCCCAACAACGACCCCCAGACUGUGUGGUAUGAGUACGGCUGUGUCUAAACACUGCAGCUAAUGCAAGUCUAUGGGUGUGGCUGUGUCUAAAGAUGGGAAGUCUGCUGGGGCAGAUUACUGGAACUUUAUGGGUUGAGUCCAAACCGAAGUAAUCAGCCUGCUCAGUCUACGCUCUUUGUAUUGUGGAUGAAUAUUGUAACUCUCAGAUCUCUGUAGUUAAGCUUUGCUCAAACAUCAACUGGAAAUCUAUCUAAAUCCUGGAAAAGCCACAUAAAACAUCUCUGCAUGAGAUCAGUUUGUAUUUUUGUUGAUGAUCAACCAAGCCUGAUUCCAUACAUCUCCUGCCAAUAACAGUCUCACAUCAAUCUCAUCAGACCUCAGCUGCUGGAUCUGUGGAGUCCACGUCCACUGCCAAUUUUGCAUCACAAGCAAAAUUCCCGCAGUGCUGCUGUGACGUCAAAAACGUCUUCUGCGAUGACAUGAAAAUCUUAAAAACACCGCAGAUUUGACCUCAAUCACUGAUGGUCUUUUUUUUAAUACUUAGACUUGAAGACUGCAACACUACAUGGUGAGAAUGCUGGAAUGUAUUGACCUCUGCUGUGUUAGUAUCACCAUGUUUACUGUGGUCCAGCACACCGCCUGAAGCCACCAAAGGAGUUUUUUUUUUUUUUUUUAAUUGUGUUGCUUUCAGUGGCUGUUUGAAAAAGUCAUUGUGGAUGUUUUGACCAGAUGAUGAUCCUGGUGUUGUUUUUUUAAAGCUGAUAACUAAAAAAAGAGUGCUAAUUUUAACACAUACAAGAUUGGAGAUAGGAGCUGACAUGUCUCAAAUUGAACAAUACAUAACACUUAAACCCUGCAGGAACAGAAGACAAGUGCUAAUGCACAGGCUUUGUCUAUGAGCUGGAACUCUGUCUGGCCCCACAAAUGUUUACCUGGAUGUCACUGAUCUGCUGAACAAUCUAAAGUGAAGGUGACCAGAAGCACUAGAGCGACUGAAUGUAUCUCCUGCUUCCCUCUGCUGUCUAGAACAAACACUGGAAACGAUGAAAGUAGGGGGGGGGGGGGGGGGAGUGGAGGGAUUCAAGCAAAGAGAAAAUGUGAGGGAGCAGAGGAUGUAGAGAUAGAGACGGAGAGCGAGUGGGAAUAAACAGAGGGAUGCUGGGGAUGGAGAGACAGAUAUAGAGAGGGAUGGAGUGACAUGAGGACAGAUAGAUAAACAGGACAGAGAUGAAGGGGCUCCUCCCAGUUAAAUUACAGUCUUUCUCCCUCCAUCUUUAGAUUCUGUCCCAGCAUGCAACACUCUGACACUUUACUGGAAACGUUGUUCGGCCCGAGCCAACACUAGUUUCACACACACACACACACACACACACACAUAUAUUUAAUGAUAUAUACAGACACACAAGCAUUGUCCUUGAGGGGGUUGGUUGCGGGUUUCCUAACCAUUGAGCUGGACUUAAUUCACACACACACACACACACUGCUGGGUCAACCACUGUGUUUUGGUAGGGUGUACUGCUGCACGCUAAGUUAGCCAGACAGUUGUAAGCACUGCACAGCAGAGAGAGAAAGAAGAAGACUGUUUGCAUGCAAUGAAUUAGCUUUAGCAUUAGUUUUAUAGUAAGUGAAUACACCGUGUGUAAACACUCAUUACGUAGUGAGAACAAAAUCAUCCAAAUGUCUCCGCUUAUCUAUGACUUUGGUGCACCAUGCUAACAUUUCACACUGGCAUAUGCUAUGAUUGGUAACAUAUGUUUAGCAAUUUAGUUAGUAUUACAUGACUUGUAGCAGGGUGGGUGAUUUGGUUAAUGUCUUCUAUCAUGGUAUAUACCAUCUUGUCAGUGGCAUAUACCAUGAUACCAAAAAAGGAAUAUAUAAUUUUGACUUAUGCUAACAGCUAUGUUUGAGUGGUGAGUGUAAUGAAUGUUUGAGUAUGUCAGAAGAGAGUUAUCUGUCCCUGAGCUUUGGCUUUUAUCAGAUGAUCUGACACACUUACACACUCAUAAGAUCAAACAUUGUUACAUAAGUCAUCAGUCAAAACACUGUUUGUGACGACCUGAGUCUCACAUCACCCGUUCUAUUUUUAAAGAAAUUAAACAUGAUUAAUUACUUAAUCAGAGUAACCACAAACUUACCCGACCUUCAGCGACUCAUCGCCACCCACCACCUUGAUAUCUACCGGUCUCCUGCGCAAAAGGAACCACAAUAAUAAUGAACCACGAUGAAUGAAUCAUGUAAGGCCUGUGGUUUCAAACAAUAUAAAUUAUAAACAGUGUUAAUCUUAUAGCAUGUCAUAAUAGAUUAAUUUCCUGUGCGAAAAAUCAAAAACAUGACAGGAAGAUACUCGAACACUGGCCACAUUUAUACCACACACACGCACGCACAGAGACACAAUCAUCGUAGGAACACGUCACCCCGUGCAGCACUGUGAUUCAUUGACGUGUGUUGCAUUAUUGGUUUGGGUCUGCACAUGAGAUUUAUUAACAAUAUAAAACAUUUUUCUUCUAAUGCUAGAGUGCUGCUCUGAGUGCAGGCGUCAACAGUCCACUGGAGACAUGUGGAUGAUUUCACAUCAGUGUUCUCACCGCUGGAGGGUGACCAACGAGAGAAUUUGCAAAUAUUUGGUGAAAUUACAAAUAUUUGGUGUAUUUUCAAAUACUCUGUGUAUUUGAAAAGAGGAAGAGGAGGUGGUGAGGGUAAGAGUAUCCCUCAGAGACAGAUGAUGAUAUUCAUGAAUCAACUGGCCUUUUGUCUGUACUGCUGUUUGUUUAUAGAAACCUUUCCUCUCAGCAUUAGAAACAACUGUGGCAAAGACACAAACAUUCCUAAAAAAAAAAAAAAAAAAAAAAAGCACUAGAUCGCUGAAGAUGAGGAGGGAGAAGUGAACACUGGAGUCAUGAAAAUGAAGAUUUGGGAUCCAUUACUAACCUUUCUGCUCAACUUUUUUUUUUUUUUUUUUAACAAAAAGCACAUGCCGAUAUGCAACGAGCUAAAUUAUUUUACCUGUAACAUUUGUACAUGACGUUAGAUUUUUAUAAACUGGUAAAUGUUUAGAAGACUUGGGAUACUUUUUUAAAAAUCUACUGGAACUAUACCAUGAAAAUGUAUGUUGAUACCAAAAAAACAAAUCUAAUCCAGAUGAAUUCCUGUAAACUGGUAAAACCAUGUGAUUCCACUGUAAAACUUCAAUAUUUGUAGAUUUUUUUGAUACUUUAAAACGUGUUAGCAGUGAGAUCAUGUUAGCGGAUGGAGUGACAGGAUGUGAAACACUGGAGGUUGAUACUGUCAGUAGUGCUGCAGCCGUUCUCUUGACCUGUUUUUGUGUUUGUUGCCUUUUUUUUUUACUGUACGUCUGCACUUAAGGCAUCUCUCCAUUAUUAGUUCCCAGAAUGCUUCAGGAUAUUUCACUGUAUGUAUAUGUGUGUGUUUCAGUUUGCUGAUGUCAGAAGAAAGAAAUAAUUGAAUUCCCAGAAGCUAUUUUUCUUUUAUUGAAACACACACUUGUGCGUGCGAGUGUGUGUGUGUGUGUGCAUCUCACAUUAUUACUAUGUUAUUGGCCUUCUGAAAUGUGUGUGUGUGUACUGUUUGUGUUUCGUCUAUCUGUGUGUCUGCCUGUUUGUCCGUCUGCCUGCUUUGCCUACUACCUGUGUGUCAGUCUAUCUGUUGUUUGUAUCUUUCCCUCAGCACACUGUGCAACUUUCACUGAAUUACAACAGCAUUCAUACAAAGACACCAGUUAGCUGCCGCGUCAGACUGCGUCACAUGAGAGAAUUGAAAGCAGAAGGUGAAGUUGAGGUGACGUCACUGACUUUCCCCACUGUAACUGGAAAUACUGCUACUGUAGAUCACUUUAUUACUGCUGUGAUGUGACCACUAGAUUGAUUCAGUAGAAACUGAGGCUGAUGUCAUCACACCCAAGAGCUUUUUGGUAAUAAAGAUUUUUAAACUUGA